GCCGGGCGUGUCGAGUCAGCCCCCGGUGUGAUCCACCCCGCCCUGCAGACAGGACACACCCUUGAUAGCGAUCGGCAUCUCCCUCCAUACGUCACCUGAUAACGACUUUCUCCAACCUGGCCGCUCCCACCUCCAUGGGUAUAAAAUCCUUCGCGUACAACAGCUCCAUCAACGUGUCUCCCAACACCAACCGCACCUGUCGUCUACCACUUUAACAGUGACAUCACCUGUCGAUCAGCCUACCAACACCUGCCUGUAGUGAUGAAUAUCCGCUCCGGACGCACGGGGACGUCCCUAUACUCCGGGGGGUACCGGAGCUCCCGGGCAGCCAGCGUCUAUGGCGGGGCCGGGAAGGGAAGCGUCAAGGUGUCGUACGCGUCGAACAACAGCAGUGGGUUCGACCUGGCCAACGGGCUCGGGGACAACGGCACGGGACACUCGGUCAACGGCAAGGCCACGAUGCAGAACCUCAACGAGCGCCUGGCCACCUACCUGCAGAAGGUGGUCUCAUUGGAGAGCGCCAACGCGCAGCUGGAGCGGCAGAUCCGCGAGUGGUACGAGAUGAAGACGCCGCAGGUGCGGGACUACAGCAAGUACGAGAUGAUCCUUGAUGACCUCCGUCGAAAGAUCAACGUUGCCAACAUGGACAAUGCCAGAAUCCUCCUACAGAUCGACAACGCCAGGUUGGCCGCCGACGACUUCAAACUGAAGUACGACAACGAGCUCCUCAUGAGGCAGUCUGUGGAGACGGACAUCCUGGGGCUGAGGAGAGUCCGGGACGAGCUGACCAUGACCUCCAGCGACCUGGAGAUGCAGAUCGAGGGGCUGAAGGAGGAGCUCCUCUACCUGAAGAAGAACCACGAGGAGGAGCUCGCUGCGGUCCGCUGUCAGUUGAGCGCGGGCUCGGUGAAUGUGGAGGUGGACCCCGGCCCCAGACAGGACCUGAGCCUUGUCAUGGACGAUCUCCGGACCCAGUACGAGGGCAUCACGGACAAGAACCGCAAGGACAUGGAGUCCUGGUACAAGGGCAAGUUCGACGAGCUGAACAAAGUGGUGGUGUCCAGCGAGGACACCCUCAACUCCUCCCGCAGUCAGAUCACCGAACUCAAGAGGACCCUGCAGUCGCUGCAGAUAGAGCUGCAGUCCCAACUCAGCCUGAAAUCUGCUAUGGAGAACCAGCUGGGGGAGACAGAGGGCCGCUACAGCCAGCAGCUGUGCCAGCUGCAGGCCAUGGUGAACAACCUGGAGUCUGAGCUCGGCCAGGUGAAGACGGACAUCGAGAGGCAGGGACAGGAGUACCAGAUGCUGCUGGACAUCAAGACCCGCCUGGAGAUGGAGAUCGCCGAGUACAGGAGGCUCCUGGAUGGAGAAAUGACCACGACAGCCGUUGUCACGACGGUCACAAAACGUACGCCAAUCGUGACCAAAAGAGUCAAGAUGGUGAUCGAGGAGAUUGUGGAUGGUAAGGUGGUAUCUCGCACCGAAGACGUUGAUGAGGAAAUCGUUAGCAAGUGAAAACCCUGGAACCGAACAUAACUACGCAAAUCUGUGUUGAAAUGAACUCACUGAUGACCAAUAAGUUAAGAGCUGCAUCCCCAUUACCCCCAUCUUUGCCCUCUCUCGCUCACUGAUCAUCUGAUCGUCUCAGAAAGCCCAGUGAGGGCCCCAAAUUAGUUAACUUGGGGCCCUCACUCAGAAUGUAGUUUUGUUUGUUGGCUUUGGGAAUGGUUUGGCUUUCUGUUGGACACCUCUUAAAGAAUUUGCCUCAACACACAAUGUUUUCACUGUUAAGAUGUUAAAUGUUAAGAUAUUAAUUGAAUACUUGGUGUUGAUGAAAUACAAAUAUAAUAAAAAAGUAUUCUUGUGAACUGAGUUAAUGAAUGAACAAUUGUUCAUGUUGAAAGACAUAUUAUGUAAGACAUCAUCCACAAUCCAUCUAUUUGACCUUCAGUUCAAUUCAAAAUACAUUGCCAUGUUUGUACAGCAGAUGGCGCUGUUAUUCAAAAGUUCGCCACAGUAUUGUCAGAACUUCGAGGUAUUAAUCUAUGUCUAUUUCUUGUUGCUUGUAAUGACAGUACACAAAUCACAAAUAAAACGCAUCUUCUGAAUA